AUGAUCGCGUUCGUCAUCAUCAUCGCUCUGUACCACACCGUUAAAACCGCCCUCGCCCAUGCGACCGGCCGUUACCACACCAUGACGCAACUUGACACGUCGCACCUGGACCCGACUGUGAGCGUGACAGUCCGGCCCAGCGUGAACGUCGUCGCACUCCUAGGUCGUCUACCAUUGAACCGUGAGCUCCACCUUCCAAAUGACACCCUUGUACUCGACUCGGGCGCCUCCCACCACAUGGUCAAGGACGCGUCUCUCUUCGACGCCUGGCACACACGGUCACACGUCGCCGUCGAUGGCGCUGGUGGGUCACUCAUGGCACAAGGCUGUUGA